GUUUGCUGUAGGUUUUGAUAAUGCUAGUAAUAAUACUGCUGCUAUACCUAGAUUACAUGAAUUGUGUGGUGCUUCUACAUUGAUGGGUAGAUUUUUUCAUCAACGUUGUGCAUGUCAUAUUCUAAAUUUGUGUGUACAAGAUGGCUUAGCGGCAUUAGGAAAUGCUUUGGAGGUAGUGAAGGGGGGAAUUAAAUUGAUUUGGGCUAACACUCCACUAAAUAUGCAAUGACGGCAAUAUUUGAAGGAUAGACGUGUGAAUUAUUGUGCUUUUCCUAAAGAUUUGUCUAUUCGUUGGAAUAGUACUUAUAAUUUAAUUCAAGUACUUGUUAGAUAUAAAGAUCAUUUUCCAGCUUUUUUAAGACAAACUUGUAACUAUAUUAUAAACCCGGCUGACAUCGACACUUGUGAAAAAAUUGUUAAUGUUUUGGCAUAUUUUAAUAACGCAACUCUAACUUUUAGUCAUGUUUAUAAACCUACCACAAACGAAUUUUUUGUUGAAGCUGUUAAUCUCGCCGGCGCUUUUUGUGAAUUUUCCGACGCCACUUACGUUAGUUAUUUUUGUGAUUUCAUGAAACAAAAGUUUUUAAAAUAUUAUUCACAUAUUCCGCAUAUAUAUGGUAUUGCAUUUGUUCUUGAUCCUCGUUAUAAACUUCCUUACUUGGCAAAUUGUAUAGAUUACUAUUAUGCUUCUUUUUUUCCAACUCAAGAGUUCGAUGAUAAUCCCAUCGACCCUAAACAAGAAUUCAACGAGGUUAGUAAUUUAUUUCAUCAAUUGUAUAAUGAAUUUCAUGCACAAUAUGGUAAUGCACCCCCUCCCAUGCAACGAACAUCUUCUUCAUCUAAAGGAAAAUCACUUUUAAAAUCCGCUUUUGGUUCUCUUUUGAAAAAAAGUAGAGCAACUCCCGCUACUGAACAAAGCUCAGGUAACGAGCUUUCUUUGUAUCUAACAUUGAAUGUUGAUUAUGAAGUUGGUGAUGACUUUGACGUUCUUAAGUGGUGGAAGGAAAAUGAAAGAACAUUCCCGAUUUUAUCAAAGAUGGCUAAGCAAGUACUAGCAAUGCCGAUAUCAACCGUUGCCGUGGAACAAGAAUUCAGUGCGGCCGGCAACGUCCUAACUAGGGGUGGGCAUAACGGUUCGAUUUGACCGAACCGAACCGUACCAAACCGAAUUAAACCAAACCGAAACCGAAUCAUUUGUAAUUUGGUUUGAGUUUGGUAGUAUUCCUCCCAACCCGUAUUAAACCGAACCAAACCGAAUCGAAAUCAUAAAACCGAAUAAAACCGAACUAAUCUAAAAAUGAAAUAAUUUCUUAUUUUUUUUUAAAAUAACAAAUCAAAAUCAACUUACACCAAACUAAACCAAACUAAAAUAUAAGAUUUCUCUCAUUAAUUUGAUUGAUGUUAAUCUUUUUGAAGCUUUAAUUCUUUAAUUUUACUGUCGAGGACUAGAGUUUACUACAAGACUUACAUUCACAACUAUAACAAUUAUAGUGAUUUAAGUAGAUAGUAUUUAACUAAAAUUUAUUAUCUACUACUACUAUAUAUUUGGUUCAUUACUUACAAGCACCAGUUUUGUUUUUGUUUCGGCUUUAUAUAUAAUUUUAUUCAUUCCCGUUGUUGUUGUUGCAUACAAAUGUGGCAUGCUUAUAUAUUUUUGGUUCAUAUGUGUUUUGUUAUUGUUUGCAAAUUUAUAUCUAACAUUAUAUUUGGUUCAUUACUAUCGCUUCUUGGUUCAUUAUUUUGAGUUUUUUUUUAUUUCAAUCCAAACCUUAAUACUUUGGUAAACCGAACUCCAAACCGAACCGAACCGUACCAAACCGAAACCAAACCGAUACUUAAUCGGUUUGUAUUUGGUACAUUUUCUAUCAAACCGAUUAAACCGAAACCGAACCGAAACCGAAGAAAACCGAACCGAAAACCGAAAUGCCCACCCCUAGUCCUAACCGAUUUUAGAACGAGGUUGAGCCCGAGCUCUCUUGAGACACUAGUUUGCUUUCACGAUAGGUUGAAGGCCCAACGAAGAACUCAAGAAAUUACCAUCACUCCCUCCCACCACUUUAUGGAGGAAACAACCGAAGGCGGAGAGUCCGAUUGAUUUUUUAUUACAAAAUGUAUUACAUUUUUUAAAUUCAUCCUAAUUCUCAAUUGUACUUCUUAUUUGAAAUAAAUGUACUUCAAUUCGAA